ACUUUGUUCCUAAUUAUGACGACAAUUACAUUCAUCAAACUCCUGGAAACAAUAAUUACAUUCAUCAAAACCUUGAAGACAAUAAUUACAUUCAUCAAACUCCUGGAAACAAUUACAUUCAUCAAAACCCUGGAGACAAUAAUUACAUUCAUCAAACUCCUGGAAACAAUUACAUUAUUUAUCAAAACCCUGGAAACAAUAAUUACAUUCAUCAAAACCUUGGAGACAAUAAUUUAGGUCACCAAAACAGCCAGAACUCUGUCAAAAAUAAUUACAUUGAUCAAAACUCCGGCGACGCCAAGUACUUUAGAAAUAAUUCUAUAUGA